ACAAUAUUUAUCAAUUAGACUGCGAUUACAAGAGGGCUUUCAUUUCGCUCACAACGACUCAGGGAUUCUGAAUAUGAUUAAAGAAUUAUCAAUGAAAGACCAAAAUGACUCUCACUUCUCAUGUGUUGUUCAAUACAUUAUAUUUCCUUCUCAUAUCACAACUGCAUCUAAAGAAUGCUUAUCAGACGACGAAGAACUGGAACUUACAGAAGAUGACGGGGAACUACAGCUCAUAACCGAGUGUUGGGUUGAGCCACAGAAUGGCGUUUCGUAUGAUUGCAAUAAUCGGAGCAAAUUUCUCGAGGGAUUAGACUAUAAGGAGAUCUCACAAGCGGUGAGUUAUGCUUUCAAAAGAAAAGUGUUUUUGCUUUUGUGAUAAGCAAUCAACAGA